AUGAUCCGCUUCGACAAUCUCCCACCAGAGGUCAUGCAGGCCAUGUGCACGCCCAUGCACCUCAUCCUCCCCCCGAGCCCGUCGCCCAGUGCCCGCACCGGCGCACUCUUUCUCGGCUCCUUCUCCGCCAUCCUCGACCCGGUGCUCCUCGAGUCCAACAAGAUCUCCGCCCUCGUCCAGGUGCUCGACGCGCCCUGGCUGCCCUCCGUCGACGCACACGCCAAGCACGGCCUCGAGGCCUACCGCCUCGACAUCCUCGACAGCACCUCUGCCGACCUCAAGCCCCAUCUCGAGGCCACCGUCCGCUGGAUCGACGACCGCCUUCGCAAGGGCGUGAACGUGCUCGUGCACUGCCAGCAGGGCGUCUCGCGCUCCGCCGCCGUCGUCAUCGCCUACCUCAUCUACACCCACAACAUGUCCUACGCCUCCGCCUACGACCUCGUGCGCCGCAAGCGCGCCUGCAUCAAGCCUAACUCGAGCUUCGUCCGGUGCCUGCAAGAGUGGGAACAGCAGUGGCACCACGCCGAAGGCCGCCCCGUCAUGCGCCGCGCGAGCACCACCCCCCGCUGA